AUGGCAGCCCGGCUGGGAGCCCUCGCCGCGUCGGGGCUCUACCGGCGGCGCCAGCACCGGCAGAGCCCGCCGCCCGCCGCGCCGGGCAACAUGUCCAACGCCUUGGCCAACGCGGCAUGCCAGCGCUGCCAGGCGCGCUUCGCCCCUGCCGAGCGGAUCGUCAACAGCAAUGGGGAGCUGCACCACGAGCACUGCUUCGUGUGCGCCCAGUGCUUCCGGCCGUUCCCCGGGGGGCUCUUCUACGAGUUCGAAGGCCGGAAGUACUGCGAACACGACUUCCAAAUGCUCUUUGCUCCGUGCUGCGGAUCCUGCGGUGAGUUCAUCAUCGGCCGCGUCAUCAAGGCUAUGAACAGCAACUGGCACCCCGGGUGCUUCCGCUGCGAGCUGUGUGACGUGGAGCUGGCUGACCUGGGCUUCGUGAAGAACGCAGGCAGGCACCUGUGCCGGCCUUGCCACAACCGGGAGAAGGCCAAGGGUCUGGGCAGGUAUGUCUGUCAGCGGUGCCAUCUGGUCAUCGAUGAGCAGCCCCUUAUGUUCAAGAAUGACGCUUACCACCCGGACCACUUCAGUUGCACCCACUGCGGGAAGGAGCUGACUGCAGAGGCCCGAGAGCUGAAGGGUGAGCUCUAUUGCCUGCCCUGCCAUGACAAGAUGGGCGUCCCCAUCUGUGGGGCCUGUCGCCGGCCCAUUGAGGGCCGUGUGGUCAACGCACUGGGCAAGCAGUGGCACGUGGAGCACUUUGUCUGCGCCAAGUGUGAGAAGCCAUUCCUGGGGCACCGGCACUACGAGAAGAAGGGCCUGGCCUACUGUGAGACCCACUACAACCAGCUCUUUGGGGAUGUCUGCUAUAACUGCAGCCAUGUGAUCGAGGGUGAUGUGGUGUCAGCGCUCAACAAGGCCUGGUGUGUGCAUUGCUUCUCCUGUUCCACCUGUAACAGCAAGCUCACCCUGAAGAACAAGUUUGUGGAAUUCGACAUGAAGCCUGUGUGUAAGAGAUGCUAUGAGAAGUUCCCACUGGAGCUGAAGAAGCGGCUGAAGAAGCUGUCGGAACUGGCCGCGCGCAAGGCCCAGCCCAAGUCCGUGGGCCUCAACUCUGCCUGAGCGGCUCCUGCCCGCCCUCCGCCUCCACGCCAUCCCUUCCUGCUGGUGCCCCCUGCCCUUCGCUGCCUCCACUCCUCAUCUCUGCUCCCUGUCUGUGGCCUCCCCCUCCUUCCUUCCUUCUGCCCCUCCUCCUCUCCUGUACCUCUUCCCCCCUCCCCUUCUUUCCCUC